UAUCAAUCAGUCCAUCAUUAUCGCUACCAUCGCCAGCUAUAUUGUCGAAAUUUCACACCCCACUCAUUCUCCAGCUGCUCACCCUUUGGUCUAUUUACCAAGUGUACAGUCAAGAGCUUACUGCUGGCGGUGGUUCAUGUGGCUUUGACUUUAAUUCAGAUGGCAGCCGACGUUUGCGCUGAGCAGUUGCCAUCAACAUCAUAUGCGACCACAACGGCAAUUUCAUCAUCCUCAACCACAUCAAUCAUGCAGGUUUCGGAAGCAGUGGUCAAGGUAGCAACCUCGACCACUCUUCUCCUGGGAUCAUGUUACAUGAGCCAGAGUGCAUCUUCAACCUCAUUUAACUAUCAUCAGGAUGAUGAAGGAGCUGGAACAGCAUUCGCGAUAUCGCUGUUACCUCCUGAAAUACAUCUUCAUAUUUUGAAACAUUUACCACGAUACGAUAUCGAUAAUUGUCGAUUUGUUUGCAAAAGAUGGAAGGAAAUGAUCGAUCGUAACAACCAUUUGCUCAGGAAACAUCUCGUACAGAUGCUCGAACUCCGAGAAUACAAAUCACGAUUCAUCCUGACUUUGAAUUGUUCAAAUCUCCUAAAAAGUUGGACAUUCUGCGAACAUAUUCCAAGUCGUCCAUCUUUCGCCCUUGGAAAACGGCGACGUACUAGGACUUUAACAACACUUAGCAAUAGCGAAGAACAGCAGCAUGAACGGUAUGGUGAGGAUGAACAUCGAUCUGCAGCAAAAUUACCUCAUCUGCUCAUUUAUAUGGGACAGACUUCUCCCUCUAGUUCUUACCUGCCUGUCUUAGUGCCAAAUAUAUCAAAUGAUAGUAAUUGGCAUACGGAGGAUCACGAUGAGCGAAAACGACGACAGCAUACACCCUCACAUUUGUUAUGUGAACGAAUAGCGAAAUAUUUCCGUGAAGCGGAUAUUCAUUUCUUGAGAUUGACCGAAAUGCGAUUCACUGAUGAUUUCGUAGAUCGCCUUUUAGAAGCUUUUGGAACAUGUAAAAUACGAUGUGAAAUAGUGGAAAUAAGCAUGUGCAAGCUAAACUAUGUGUCUCCAAAAAAGUUCCAUCAGUUCCUUCAGUUGGUUGAAUGUCAGAAAUUAUCACUUAUUUGGUUGCGCGGUAAUCAUGGUCAUAUAAGUAAUUCCAGACAGUUCCUUUCUGAGUUUCUUAGCCUUAGCUUUUUAAGUAUUUUUGCCCUUACACCUCAGAUAACCAUUGGUGAUGACCAGUUCUUGGUUGAUUUUCUGGAAAGCAAAGCAAAAAAAUGUUUGGAAGAAACUGUACUCCGAAUAGACAAUAGUUCAAUCACUACAAAAGGAUUCUGUCGAGCUAUCGAUAAAUGGAAACAAACCAAUACGCGUUGGAUACUGAAUCUUUGUGUUGGUUCAGAACAUAUUGAUAUUGAUGACCUUUUGAAGUACUUAUCGUUGAAUCAAAGUAAACCACGACAAGGUGCAUUCCGGAUAUCUCAUCCACAAUUACCCGAUGAAGCUCUUUUGCUGUGGAGUGAUAAAGAUGGUCUGCAUAUAGCUAGUAGUGGGAAACCAGUUUCCUGAUUAGGAAAUUUUAUCGAGUAAUACUGUACCCAAAUAUUCCAUUUAUUCUAGGUUCAUGAUUGCUGUGAUUGGCUGUCUAAAAAAAUAACUUUGGAG